AAGCGGCACAGAGAAAAAGAACACUGACUAGCAACAACCGAUCGAGAAACCACUCCAAGCCAGAGGGAAUCCCCACAGCUGAACGCUUGAAACAUUUUGGACAUUAACAGAUCUUCCUUUUUAACCAUGAUGUACAACGCUUUCAACGCAGACUGUGACUCUUCCUCACGCUGUAGCACUGCUUCUCCAGCUGGAGAUAGUUUUGGAUACUAUCCUUCGCCGGCAGGAUCUGACUCGAGCAUUGGAUCUCCCCAGUCCCAGGACUUCACCGACCUGACGGUGUCCAGCACCUCGUCCUUCGUGCCCACCCUCACAGCGAUCUCCAGCAGCGCUGACCUCCAGUGGAUGGUCCAGCCCCUCAUCUCCUCCGUGGCCCCCUCCCACCGGGCGCACCCCUACACCCCCAGCCCCAGCCCCAGCCCCAGCCCGGCAUACUCCAUGAGGGCCCAGGCCCCCAAAGCCCACAACUCCAUCAAGCGCAGCAGAACCGAACAGGUUUACUCCGAGGAGGAUGAGAAGAGGCGAGUUCGCAGAGAGAGAAACAAGCAGGCGGCCGCUAAAUGCCGCAACAGACGCCGGGAGCUCACAGACACACUCCAAGCUGAAACCGACGAUCUGGAAGACGAUAAGUCCAACCUGCAGAACGACAUCGCCAACCUCCUGAAGGAGAAGGAGAGGCUGGAGUUCAUCCUGGCCUCCCACCGCCCCAUCUGCAAGAUCCCCUCUGAGCUGGACGACAUGUUCGUCGCCCUCUCCCCCGCACUCUCCCCCUGCUCCACGGUGAUGUCCCCCAACACCUCCACCACUUCCUCCUCCGCCAGCCAGACCGCCUCCUCCACCUUCACCUCCACCUCCCACUCACUCUUCUCCAGCCCUGCCCCCAUCAUGUCCGCGGCGGUCUCUGACCACCACCAGCACCACCACCACCACCACCGCAUGCCGGCCAAGCUGACGGUGCUGGAUGACGCCACGGCCCUGGAAGAGUCUCUGGACCUUCUGGCCAAGACAGAGAUGGAGGUGGCGCGCUCCGUGCCCGAGGUGGACCUCUCCAGCUCUCUGUACGCAGCCCCCCAGGACUGGGAGCCCCUCUACACCUCGGCCGGGAUCACCGGCGACACCAACGUCCACAACAACAACAUCAGCAUGGACUUUGAGCCGCUGUGCACGCCCGUGGUGACGUGCACACCUUCCGCCACCACCUUCACUUCUUCCUUCGUCUUCAACUACCCCGAGGCCGACGCCUUCCCCACCUGUGGCUCCGCCCAUCGACGAGGCAGCAGCAGCAACGAGUAUUCCUCAGACUCCCUGAGCUCCCCCACGCUGCUGGCCCUUUAAGAAACCUUCCACGACAAGACUAACUUUUAGAGGCACUUGUUUAUGUCCUGAUGUAUGGACUGAUAGAGAUCAUGUGCGGGUCACAGGGCUAUCGAAUAGACUUCUACUGUAUCCAACGCAAGGAAGCAAAAUUAUGAUAUUUAUGAUUUAUUUGCCUUUAUUAUUCUGGCAUAUCUUAUCUGUGUAGCAAUUCAAAAGCAUGUUUGAGCUAACAACACCUAAUCAAUUUUGAGUGUGCAAAAAGAUUUAACGGUGCUAGCGGUAAAAUUUAGUUGUUGAAUUGCGGUGUUCAAAGCAAUACAGUGUGUAAUCCUGAUUGUCAGCUCUUCUGGUGAAAUUCUGAUGAAAUGUGAGAGUGCUCUGGAGUUAUCGUGAACCAAUGUGCUUUGUCUCACCCUGGUCUCAGUGGUCUAUCUAGGUAUUGUGUUUUCUGUGAAAACAUUAGUGCUUUUUAUUUAUGAUAGUUGAGUUUAUUUUUUUAACAGAAACUAAAAAACUGUAACAGUUGUAUGUUGGUAUGAUAUGCUCUUGUAAAUAAAACAUAGUCAUAUUUCAAUUCA